CCCAACACCAAAAUAACAAAAAUAAAAUUUGCGAUUUUUUUCAUUCACAUUAUUAUUCACCCCCAAAUUCCCGCAAAUUAAAAACCCUACAAAACCCUAAUUUCAAUCUGGGUAUUCACCCAGUCACUCACAAAAACAAUUUUUAGAAAGAAUGGAUCACACGGGUGAACAAGAUCAAGAACACGACGUUUACGGCGGUGAAAUUCCCGAUGAAGCCGAGAUGGAUGCCGAUUACGAUAUGUCUAGAGAAGAACAGGAAGAUGUGGAAGCUAAUCCUAAUAAUUCUAAGGAUUUAGAGGAGAUGAAGAAGAGAUUAAAGGAGAUCGAAGAGGAAGCCGGUGCGCUUCGUGAAAUGCAGGCGAAAGUUGAGAAGGAGAUGGGUUCUGUUCAAGAAGACCCCAAUGCUGCUGCUACACUGGCUGAGAAGGAAGAGGCUGAUGCUCGUUCGAUAUAUGUUGGUAACGUAGACUAUGCAUGUACCCCUGAGGAGGUUCAGCAGCAUUUUCAGUCUUGUGGAACUGUAAAUAGGGUGACAAUAUUAACAGACAAGUUUGGUCAACCAAAAGGCUUUGCAUACGUGGAGUUCGUAGAACUUGAAUCUGUCCAGAAUUCUUUGCUUUUGAAUGAAUCAGAAUUGCAUGGGCGCCAACUUAAGGUUGCUGCUAAGCGAACCAAUGUUCCUGGGAUGAAGCAAUUCAGAGGGAGGCGUCCCAACCCGUAUGGAUUUCGCUCACGAAGGCCUUACAUGCCUGUCCAACCAAUGUUUUCUUCAUAUGGCUACGGAAGGAUCCCAAGAGCCAGGAGGCCGAUGUGGUACAGACCAUAUUGAUGAGUGACAACUAGAUUCGAGACUGGAACCGUUGGUCUAUAGUAAACGAUUUUCUUCUGUUGUGUACUUUGCUGUCAGUGUCUUAUUCUUAUUUCACAUCUGCUUGCUCCAUCAAGUGGUUAAGACUUGUUGAGCCUUUAGUUAUCUUGUGUCUGUUAUAGUUGGAAAAAUGCUGAGAGAUUUUUGCCUAACAGGAAAACUGUAAACAGAAUGAUGUCGUUAUAACCAUUGGAAAGGUUGGAUCUUUUCAAGGUAUAAGGUUGCACCUUUUUAAUACGUAGGCAACUACCAGUGUAACCUUGUGCCUUGUAAUUUUUAAGGUUCAUUUUUUGUGCUAA